AUGGACGCGCCAAAGCCGAUGGAAAUCUCCAACCCACGGCGCAUGCUCGUCGUCGGCGCUCCAGACUCGGGCGUGCUGGAAUUCCUCACAGACCUCACCACCACAGCCCCUCCGCCUCCUCGUCCCGCAGCUCCCACUGAGGACGCAGACAGCAGCGCCGGCAACCCCAACGAUCCCAACGACCCUACCGCCGCCGCCGGCCCCGCCAACAACACCAGCAUCGCCGGCCUCACGCACGCCUGGACCCUCACAACACCCUACUACACCACCACCAUCCCCAUCUGGAUCGACGAGAUCGCGCGGCCCGCCGCCUGGCGCGACGACUUUUGCCGACCCGAGGCGCGCGAGGUCGUCGCCGCCGUCGGCGCCUGGGUCUACGUCUUCCGCAAACCGCCGGCCGACGCGGGGAGGGAGAUGGAGACGGAAAGGGACCGCGUGCUGCAGACGAUGCGCGGCAUUCGGGAGGUGGUGGAGAAGGGCGCCGGGAUGGGGUGGGACGGCGUGUGCUUGGCGGUUGGGGUGAGGGGGAGGGCGGGCGGGCUGGUGGGGACGAGCGAGGUGGUGGUGGCGGGUGUGGAGGAGGAGGGAGAGGGGAAGUGGGGCGCGGAGGAGUGGGAGGAUGCGGCGAGGGAGAGGGGGUUCGAGUAUGUGGAUGCGGAGGCGGAGGGGAGGAACGAGUUUGGCGAGGUGCAGGGCAUGGCGCGGGUGAGGGAGGCGCUGGAGGCGAAUGAGUGGGAGGGCGAUGAUGGGGCGGGGUUGAGCGAUUUCGAGGAGCUGGAGGGCGAGGGGAGCGGGGAUGAGGAUUGGAACAAGACUUUUGCGGCGGAGGAGGCGGAGAUGGGGUUGGAGUUGCUGGGCUUGAAGACGGAGCUGAAUGGGGGUGACGGUGAUGAUGCGGAUGGUGAGGACCAGGCGGCGCAGGUGGAGGAGCUGGAGCGGAUGAUGAGUAAGUUGAGUGGCAUCAAAGAUCUGGCUGCUGGUAUGCCCGAGGAACAGAGGAAGAAAUUCGCCGCGAAAGCUGUGAACGAUCUAAUGAAGUCUUCUUAA